GCCGUCCAGCACGACCGCGUCGACUGCCACCAGUGCCACCACCGCUAAAUCAAACUCAUUGUUGUUAUUAUUAUUAUUAUUUUUAUCAAGUCCGAUUAGAAACGUAYAAACUCACGGCUGUGUACCGCGGGAAGAGUUUUUAGCAACGAGACUGUAUUGACGAACAGACUAAACGACGACAUUGUCUACAAGUAGUCUACACGGUUGGCGAGACGGGUGACCGACCCAUCGAGCGGACACUCGCAGAGUCGGCGGUCAUGUCGCGAAGCAUGUAACUUCGCUUGGCUGAUUAGCGUACCCGAUAGCAAGCAGCGCUGUGACUGUUGUCUCUGGCCCUGUCGUCACAACACUCACAACAUCACAACAUGCGCCCGAGUGGUGGCGUCUGCCAAAAAUUCCUGUUUUCUAGUUAUUGCUUGACGUUACAGCUUUUGUUGUUAAUUGCGCCGGUGCGAAGUAGUGUAAGAUUUAUAAUAGAACCUAAUGAUAUUGUAACAACUGCCGGCAAAACCAUACGGUUGGAUUGUGAAGCAAAGUUUGAUAGUGUUGCUACAUUGCCUCAAAUUAGAUGGAGGAUUCCUGAUGGACAAUACUUUGAUUUUAUUGGAGACACGAGAAGAUCUAUUUUGAAAAAUGGGUCUCUGCUUAUUCAAAAUGUUUUCAACAAUGACGAAAAAGAUAUUUCUGAAGGUUUAGAAGCAUAUCAAUGUGUGGCGUUUGUUGAUAAUAUUGGUUCUGCUGUUAGCCGCAUAGCAACUGUGACUCUUGCACGUCUAUCACCAUUUGAAAAACAACCGACAGAUCUAAGACUUCUUCCUGGACAAACAGCACAUUUCUCUUGUGUUAUUAAUUCCCAGCCUUUACCAAAGAUAACUUGGUUUAAAGACCAUUCACCGUUAGUAAUAGAUGCUCGUAUGACAAUAUUCCCAUCAGGAGCAUUAGAAAUUGAUGAUGUUCACAAAGAAGACAAUGGUGCUUAUAGAUGUAAUGUUACUGGAUUGGAUAGGCAUAGAUUAAGUGAYCCUGGAGUGUUGACAAUUGUUGAAAAUGAAGAUACAAUAAAAAGAUUUAAAGCUCCAGAGUUUGUUGCUAAACCUCAUUCAACAAUAGCUUUGGAAGGAUCAAUUGUAACUCUUGAUUGUGCAGCCGUCGGGAAUCCACGACCACAAAUUUCUUGGUUAAAAGGUGGUACUCUAAUUGAUGUAGCACAUUUGGAUACCCGGUUUAGCAUAAUUGGUACUGGUGGCUUACAAAUAACACAAGUGAAUAGAAAUGACGAUGGUAAUUAUAUUUGUCGAGCAGAAAAUCAUGAAGAUUCUGCUGAUGCUUCUGCUACGUUAGAAGUUCAUGUUAAACCAAUAUUUAUUCGCAAACCUAAAGAUACUAUGGUUCUUGAAAAAGAAGACAUUACUUUGGAGUGCGAAGUAGCCGGUAAACCUCCUCCAAGAGUCAUUUGGCUAAAAAAUGGUGAUAGAAUUAAACAAGAUGAAUACUUACAGUUUGUUAGUGGGACUAAUUUAAAAAUAUCAGGCUUGAUGACUAUGGAUUCAGGCAUGUUCCAGUGUUUAGCAUCAAAUCCUGCUGGAAAUAUUCAAUCAUCAGCAUUUUUAAACGUUUUUCAUGCAGACAAUUUACCUAGUUCAAACAGUUCUACAAAUAUUAGUAAUGAUUUCAUCAACUCAUUCUCUGCAGCUGAAAAACCCAAGGAUUUAAAAAACAAUCUACCAUCAUCCCCGAGAGCAUUAGAAGCAAGCUUUGUAUCAUCUAGGUUAGCCACUUUAACUUGGAUAAAUCCACUUAAACCUAAUGGCGAGAUAUUAACUUACACAAUAUUUUAUCAACAAGAAGGAUCAGACAGAGAACGUAUGACAAACACAACACAAACUGAAAUAACUAUUAAUGAAUUAAUACCCAACAAGCAUUAUCUCUUUAGAGUUGUAGCACAAAAUAAAUAUGGUAUAGGCGAAAGUUCACCGCGUUUGAAAGUAAUGACCAAGGCAGAAGUUAAUUUACCUGGACAACCAUUCAACGUAACUGCUAAAGCAGUUACACCUACAUCAAUAGUUGUAUCUUGGUCUAAACCAGAACACGGCAUUGAAAAUUUGAAUGAGUACAAAUUAUUUUAUAUGGAGGAUUUAACUUCUGAAGAACAAUUUUUCAUAACAAAACAUACAGAACAUGAAAUAAGUGACUUAAAUCCAUAUACCAGGUAUAAAAUUUGGGUUGUGGCAUACAAUCAAAAUGGUCCAGGGAUGAACUCUUUAGAAAUGGUCGUUAUAACAAAACCUUCAGCUCCAUCUCAACCACCACAAAAUAUUGUUGUUGAAGCAAUUUCUUCUACGGAAAUUAAUAUUAGAUGGGAGCAUCCACCAAAAUCCACCCAAAAUGGAGUGAUAACAGGGUAUAAAAUUCGAUACAAAAAACCAGAUAGAAAAUCAUCUGGUGACACCAUCACAACAGCUGGCGAUAAUUUAGAAUAUCAAAUUUCUGGUUUAGACAAAAGUUCAACUUAUCAAGUUCGUUUAUGGACUUUAAAUACUGUUGGAAGUAGCCCACCUUCAGAGUGGUUUACAGUUUUAACAUUUGAUAAAAAUCUUAGAGAAGAUACUGUUCCAGAUGCACCUACUAAUUUCAAAGCUCGAGCUUUUUCCAAUUCAGUAUUGGUAACCUGGUCUCCGCCAAAAGAUAAAAGUAUUAUUGUGAGAGAGUAUACACUAGCAUGGGGUAAAGGUGUUCCUGAUGUGUACAAGGAAAAAUUAAAUCCAAAAAUACGACAAUAUGAAAUUAAAAAUUUAGAACAAAAUGCUGAAUAUGUACUGAGUUUAGCUGCUGUAAAUGAUAUGGGUUUUGGACCAAUAGUAUACCUAGUAACAACUAUAAAAGAACAAAAUAUUGUAAACACAUUAGAGGAAUCAUCAAACCCAAUAUUACCACCCAUUGGUUUAAAAACUAAUGUUAUAUCUCCAAAUGCCAUAGAAGUAUCAUGGACUGAUAAUUCUCUUUUAGAUGAUAUUGAUUCAAAUGUUGAAGAUGUACGUCUUUACGUUGUGCGAUACAAAUCAUCCUAUUCAACUAACAAAGCACGUUAUAAUUAUGUAAACACUACUGAACUUUCUUGCAUUAUUAAUGAACUAAAACCUAAUACUCAGUAUGAAUUUACUGUAAAAUUAAUAAAGGGCCAAUUUGAAAGCGCAUGGAGUUUACUCGUUAUGAAUAAUACUCAAGAAGCAAAACCAGCAUCGCCGCCAAGAGACCUAACUGCAGUUAWAAAUGAUGAUAAGCCUCAAUCUAUAACAUUAAAUUGGCAACCGCCAAAAUUUUCAAAUGGGCAAAUUAUUGCAUAUAUGAUUUUGUAUACAACUGAUGAUACAAGUUCAGACAAUGAAUGGAUAACUGAAACAGUUGAAGGAGAACUUAUGUCUUACUCGAUCAAAGGACUGACACCAAGUACUAAUUAUUUUUUCAAAAUUCAAGCUAAAAAUUCUAUUGGUUAUGGUCCAUUUAGUCCUACUAUAAGUAUUAAAACAUUGCCAGGUGGUAACACUUACAAUGAUGGAACUUCCCUAAAAGAUGGAAAAAGUGGUAUAAACAACACAACCAUUUUAUAUAUACUGAUUGCGUGUUGUUUGUUACUUAUAUCAUGUAUUGGAAUUGGAAUCGCCUUAUUAUGUUGUAAACAAAAUAAACCAUUAAGAAAUCGAAGUAAAAAAGGGUACAUAAAAGGAUCGACCGGUUAUAAUUCAAAGGGAGUAGCUCAGUCCCCAAGCAUUAAACCGCCAGAUUUAUGGAUACACCACGAUCAAAUGGAAUUAAAAUCAAUGGAAAAAUCCUCUCAGGGCUCAUUAGAUACUAGUUCUGGAUGUGGUCAAGGAAGUUCAAACACUUAUGAUGGCCCUGACACCCGUGUUACCAUACAUCAUGUACCACAGACAACAAAUUCUUUAGAAAAAAGUAACUACGUUUCGUCUUAUGUUGGUAAUACAAUUAUGAAACCUUUAUUGUUGGAUGAAAAAGUYUCCACAUUAAAAAAACGCUUUAUACCCAAACCUGUUGUUUUACCUGUUGAUUCAUUUGAUUCUAUUUACAAUGAUCCUAUGGCAGCAUUGUCUAAUCAAGAAUCUCGUACACUUCAUCCAAAAUCUCAAUAUGGAACUACUACGAGAGCUCAUGUAACUGUAGAUUUAACAGCUGGAACUCCAGAAAAUAAUUAUAUUGUUCAAGCUACUACAGUACCAGAUAAAUUUGAGUCUAUACCAGUAUCAUCAACUGCAAAUCUACCRCAACUGCACACAGGAUUACUAAAUUCUAGCGAAAAAAGACAACAAGGUCAUCCUUUAAAAAGCUUCAGUGUUCCUGCGCCUCCACCUCAGUCAGCGCCAUCUACUCCUCAGCAAAAACACAUUGUGACAGUCAGACCUCAAGGUUCGUCUAGUCCAUACAAAAAAAAUAUCUAUUCGGCUAUAAAUAAUUCACCAUCCAGCACAUCUGUGUCUAGUGGUCCUAAAACGUGGAAGUCACCAUUAACUGGUUCAAAUCAAAGAGAUACUAUAACUGAAGUAGAAUCUCUUAGUAAAAUACAAACUUCUUAUAGCACAGAAGAACUCAAUCAAGAAAUGGCAAACUUGGAAGGUCUUAUGAAAGAUCUAAGUGCAAUUACUGCUUCCGAAUUCCAGUGUUAGACACAGUAUUUUUAUUUCCAUUUAGAUCUGUUAAUUAUAAAAAAAAUUACAUUUUAAGACUAAAAUAUUAUUUAAAUUUAAGUUAAGUAUUAAAUGCAGAAUAUCAUAAAGACUGAUCUCUGAUGUUCAAAGUGACUGUUUUAAACCACCAGCAUACAUUUUUAGAGUUGUGUGUAUUUUUAUUUAUUUAGACAGUUGUUUUUAUUAAAAAAAAAACAAAUUAAUAUUUAUAUGAAUUUUUCAUUGCUGUUUCGUUUGUGAUAAUGAAAAAAAGUGAUUUUGGUAAAUUAGCAAUAACUCAAUAUGUUCUCAUUUAGGAUUUAUAUAGUUUAUAUAUUCUUACAAGUUAGUUCUGGAAAUAAAGUGAAAUAUUUAUAUCACGUGCAAUUAAUAAGUAUUUUAUAAAAUAGMGAAAUAAAUAAUUUAUAAAGUAAGUUUUUUAAAUACAAUCAAGUUUUUAACAUACCCCUGUUUAUGCACAUUUCCCAUAUUCAUG